AUGCGUCUCUUCCAAGCGAUCAUCGCGUUCAUCCGCAAUUUGUGCAGUGGUGGACGAAAUAAAAAGCGGAUGGAUAUGGACGAUGUGCCAUUCGACGGUAUGUCUCAUCAUCAUCUCACCAGUAAUCGGUUGAUAAGAACGUUUCUGUUUUCAGUGGUUGUGGACGACAAUGUGCGGGGAGACAAGCGAGAGGAAAGAGCCUCGUUGCUCCAGAACGCGUCGAUGGACUCGUGGGACGACAAUGAUUGGGACAAGAAGGAGGAAGUCAACGACAAGAUCGAGCAGUGGAGGAACAGCAACGCACACGUAAGUUUCACGAACAACAGCUACCCCUAAGGCUAUUUGAAAUACAAAACUGAGUUUCCAACACAUAACUUUGUUUAGGAAUCGAUUCUAAAAAAGUUGAAAAUUUUAUUUAAAAGUUGGCGGAGCGAUUUAUCGCAACCCUAGCACUCACUUUAAGUAAUUUAACCCCUGGCCCUCCCCGGAAUCUUGUAAUCAUUCGUUUCCCCAAAAAUGUUCAUCAAAUGAUUGUCACUUGUGGGCGCAGUGAAUGCAGUUGAUUGCACAUUAACAUCAGAAAUCAAGCUACAUUCCAUUUGCUUUCAGAAAACGGAGCCUCAACCCACGCCAGAAGACGAUUUGUUUAGUACGCUCGAGCCGACCAUCACCAGCGCCAGAAAGGUACUUUUUCUAUUAUUUUCUCUUUAACGGACUUAAUCUGAACCAAUUUCAGGUCGUCUUGGUUCCACGUGGAGGCCCUCGUGAUGCAGCGCCAAAGAAGAGCAGAUUCGAUUUCAACGAGGCCAGUGUGGUAAGUACUCCUUAUCUUUAUUAG